AUGCUAUAGAAUUAUUAGGGUCAGCUCUUGCUUCCUUGACGCGCCUCCGCUUACUGGUAGACGGUAGUAGUAUUAUUCUUCUGUAAAUCUCUGAUCCCAUUUCCAUCUUCAAACAACUUGCGAGAAAUGGUGCGACGAUUGCUCGGAAAUCUCGCUACUCGAUCUCUCUCCGUCGCCGGAAAAUGGCAGCAGCAGCAGCUCCGCCGUCUCAACAUACACGAGUAUCAGGGAGCUGAUUUGAUGAGCAAGCAUGGAAUCAAUGUUCCCAGAGGUGUCGCAGUGGGAUCACUUGAUGAGGUCAAGAAGGCAUUACGGGAUGUAUUCCCCAACCAGAGUGAGGUGGUGGUGAAGUCACAAAUCCUUGCUGGUGGGCGAGGGCUUGGAACAUUUAAGAGUGGUCUAAAGGGUGGUGUUCACAUUGUGGAAGCUGACAAGGUUGCAAGCAUUGCUGAGCAAAUGCUUGGACAAAUACUUGUCACUAAGCAAACUGGAGCUCAAGGAAAAGUUGUCAGCAAGGUUUAUUUGUGCGAGAAACUGUCACUUGUCAAUGAGAUGUACUUUGCCAUUACUCUUGAUCGUAAAUCCGCUGGCCCUCUUAUCAUUUCUUGUAAAAAAGGAGGAACCAGUAUUGAAGAUCUUGCGGAGAAGCAUCCAGAAUUGAUUGUAAAGGUUCCUAUUGAUGUUUUUACCGGAAUUACAGACGAGGAUGCUGCCAAGGUAGUUGAUGGGUUAUCUCCAACAGUGGCUGAUAGAAAUGCUUCGAUUGAACAAGUGAAAAAGUUAUAUGAACUUUUUUGCAAAUGUGACUGCACAUUGCUGGAGAUCAAUCCUAUUGCUGAGACUUCUGAUAAGCAGUUGGUUGCUGCUGAUGCCAAACUCAACUUUGAUGAUAAUGCUGCAUUCCGCCAGAAAGAAAUUUUUACUCUGCGGGAUCCGACGCAAGAGGAUCCGCGUGAGGUUGCUGCAGCAAAGGCUGAUCUAAAUUACAUUGGUUUAGAUGGAGAAAUUGGUUGCAUGGUCAAUGGUGCUGGACUUGCCAUGGCUACAAUGGAUAUCAUUAAGUUGCAUGGAGGAACUCCAGCUAAUUUUCUUGAUGUUGGUGGAAAUGCUUCUGAAAGCCAGGUUGUGGAGGCAUUCAAAAUUUUGACUUCAGAUGAGAAAGUGAAAGCCAUUCUUGUGAAUAUUUUUGGAGGAAUUAUGAAGUGCGAUGUGAUAGCUAGCGGAAUUGUGAAUGCUGCUAAACAGGUUCAACUGAAAGUACCUGUAGUAGUCCGUCUUGAAGGCACCAAUGUCGACCAGGGACGAAGAAUUCUGAAGGAAAGUGGUAUGACAUUGAUUACUGCAGAAGAUUUGGACGAUGCGGCUGAGAAAGCAGUUAAAGCCCUCAGCUAGGCUAAAUUCCUGCCAUUUAUCUUUGGCCUUUAUUGCUUUACAGGCUGGUAAAUGUUUUUUUCCCUAGAUAUUUUGGGUUUAAGUUUCAUAGUUUUCAUUGUCUCCUGAGUUGCGGGAAAGGAGCUUCUCAGCAUAAAGAGAGACUGUUGAUCUCCAUUAGAUGUGUGGGGGAAAACUGACUAUUGAUAUUUAUUUCUUACGAAACAAAUAGCCAUAUUUUGGUUUCAGAGAAUGAGAUUUAACUGAGGAAUUUACAUUUCCUUUUUCAAAUUGAUUAACAGGAUGAAUGGAUUGGUCUGACUGGUA